GCGCUGCAGAAGUUUUUCUCUAGGCUGACAGAGAGGUUUGUGUAUGGGGUGGAUGUUUUAGUAGACACUUUCUGGAGGAUAUGGACAGAUCUGCUAGAUGUUCUUGGAAUUGAUGCCUCCAACUUGACCCAUUAUUUCAGCCCAGCAGCAGUUGCCAGCAGCCCUACCCGUGCCCUGCUGCUGGUUGGUGCCAUUUUACUUGCCUACUGGUUUUUGUCUCUCUUCGUUGGAUUCUUCUUCUAUCUCUUGCAUAUGGUGUUUGGUCGCUUCUUCUGGAUCGUGAGAGUUGCUCUGUUCGCCCUGUCGUGUGUGUACAUUCUCCAGAAGUAUGAAGGUGAACCAGAGCAUGCAGUCUUGCCUCUGUGUUUUGUUGUAGCUGUCUAUUUCAUGACUGGGCCUGUUGGAUUUUAUUGGAGGAGAAACAGCAGCAGCAGCCUUGAGGAGAAGAUUGACCAUCUUGACAGUCAAAUUAGACUUCUGAACAUCCGUCUUACUAGGGUGAUCGAGAACAUGGACAGAGGCAACGACUAAUGGAAUAAAUCUAUAGAUCACUUUACACCAGCUCUCUAGAUAUUUACUAAGCACGAUCAUUAAAAAGUUACAAAGCAACAAAACAUCCAUGGUAAAAAUGUUCAAUGUUAAAACUUUAGAGUGUAUAUUAAGGAUAAGAGUAAUUUAUCUAGACUAUACACUUGAGACGUUAUACUUGUAAAAAUAAGAUAUGAGAUGUCAGCUGUAUAUUCAGAGAUUUUAUCCAUGACUAGAAUUUUAUCAGUAAAUAAACAACUACUUUUACAAGCAUUUAAAAACAUCUUUUGUAAAGUUUUUAUAAAAGCAAACUGAGUAGUCUAUUUAAAAUACUGAAAUUGAGCUGAGCGUAUGCAAAUUUGACAUUAAAAAAAAAUUAAAAAUCUCUCAAGCUACCAAACAUUUCUAUGGAGAAGUAACUAUUGUGGGUCCUUGUUUUCCUGUCUCCUCCCCCACCCCUCACAAGUUGUGACCUAUCAUUUUAUUUUACAGUUGACUUAUUUAAUUGCCUUGAAGUUGACUUUUCACGUGGUAGCUGAUGAAUAUUUUGGGUUCAGGCCAAUUAUUUCAUACCAUGGCUUUUAAUGGCAGAUAGGAGGGGUUCUCCAGAAAUUAGAAGUCAUUUAACACUACUUCAAAAUGGAGAGCCCAUACCUCUCUGCAGUUGUAUAGUUUUCUUUAUUAGUUUUUCAUAUUAAGAACUUUAAAUUCAGUGUGUGAAAUUUUGGAAGGAAUUUGAAGGAAAGAAGCAUGCUGUGAUAGAAAAUGUUUAGUGGCAGACUAUAGCUGAUCUUCAUAGCUAAAGCAUUUUUCAAAUAGAAUCGUAUAGGAUGAAAUAUGAUUUUUAAUCUCAGGACCCACAUACUUCCUUAGAAAAAAGGCAGCAGAUAAAAUACUUGCAAAUGUAUUGUUGCUUUAAGCUUUCUCAGGACCAGUAAGCGGCAAUAAAUUUAUCUUCAGGAAGAUCUGGAUUUUUUUUCUAAAGUUGUAAUAGGUUUUUAUAGGUGCUUUUUGCUUGAAGUCUGUAUCCUCACUGUAGUGGAUUUUGGGGGAGGUCAGGCACAUUAGGAGAUGAGCUUAUAAAAAGGGGUCAUAUUUCAAAGUGAUGUUAGUGCUUUGAAGCAACAUUAUUUUGGUGGGCUGCAUGUAUAUGUAACCUAAUGUAUAUGUAACCAAGCUUGGCUCAUCACAACGCUGGCUUCGUAGAGUUCGAAGUGCGUUGAGGCAAAGGUAAUCUCAGGGAAGAAAGUAGUAAUAUAAUGUUAGUAAUGCAAUGUCCUCAAGGGUAUUUUGGGAAGUAUAGCAGGAAGCAUACUGUAAUGAUGAGCACAGUAUAAAUAUUUAGAUGGAUAAAAUGCACCACCGCUACAGGAACACUGUUUCCUAGUUUAAAAGCAAAAAAACCCCAAACAAAACAACCCAACAAAAACAAACAAACAAAAAUGUGUUGGAAACUGAGCAAAAGCAAACCCAAGGAAAUAAAUCUGAAUUGCUGAGCCAAAACCUGUUGUCCCCCAUGUGUAAACUUCCCUCUGUGCAAUUGCACAUGUGCAACUUGAGUAGAAAUUGGCUAUUUAUCUUUUAAGUUGCUGCUGCUGUUAGGUUAACCCAGGAUUUUGAAAUUUAAUUGAAUGUGACUUUUGGGAAAGUUCAUUCUAAUUUAUUUUAAAGGCUGAAGUGUAAGUCUAUUCUACAAAUUCAUGUAACUUGACUAACCUUACUUGGUCUGUCACAUUUAAAUUUACAUAGGCUUAUUUAAAUCCAUGUAUAUGGCCAUUUUAACAUGUAGGUUUCUCAUCUUUUGAUAGUUCUAGCUUUUUAGCAGUCACUUAAGAUGAGUGUAUUGGUUUAACAUGCCAUUGACACUGUAUAUACCACAGGAUACCAUGCCGUCUGAGUGGCACUCUGUACACAGCCAAAAUCCUGUGAAUUUUUUGCUGACAGUUGCAAAGUAGUUGUGCUAAAAAAAAAUUCCUUCCCUGUAAAAACCAGGUGAUAAACACUAUGAUGAUGUGCAGACUUUCAGGUUAGUAAAGCCAUAUUUAAAUUGCAGUAUACUUGUUUGUGCAGCUCAUUUUCUGCAUCCUUAUAACUUAAAGCUAGUUGUUCAAAAUGAAACAGGCUUGACUGUGAAUUACUAACCAUGGUGCUUGCUAAUGAAUAGUCCAACUAAUAGGAACAAAAGAGUUGGGGGGGAGAUGGGAUAUAGUAUACACUGUAGUCUGUUGGGCUACAAAAUAGACCUAGAAUGAGAGAUUAAAGCCUUGCCUAGGCAAAGCACUUAAGCACCUCUACUUAAGUUCUUUGCCGAAUUUGAGGCUUUUGGACCAAAAUAUGCAAAGCCUUAUUCAUGCAAGUAGCGUCAUAGACUUCAAUGGGAUUGCUGCUAUGGAAGAUAACUCGGAGGAGUCAGUGUAUUUUAGGUAAUCCAUAGGUAAUAUUGUAGUGAAAAGCACUGAUUAUAAAAGGUUAAUGUAAAAAUAAGAGCUGAAUAUUAGAGAUUUAUUUUAAAAUGUUAUAUAAAAAUUACUUAAUAUUCUUCCCAUGUUUCCCUUUAGUGACAUCUUUCAAUUUUGGUAAAACCAGACCUCUUGGUUUAACUCUUCUCCCAAAUUUGCUUACUUGGUUGCAUGCACAAAAAAUAUAUUUUUGUAUUUGCUUAUGUCCCAUGUACAGUGAAAUGUUAUUGGAAAAGCAGCAUGUGUAAAAUUUGUUAUUUCUAAUCAGUAUUGUUUCCCAGUACUCAUUUCUUUUUCUGUGGUCAGAUUUAGGAGUAGUCAUUUUAAAAGAGCACAAACUAACCUUCAACACAUAUACUUGAAAAUGCUCAGAAUGUUAAUGUGCGCUGUAGUGGAUAUGGUCUUGGGAGGUAAGUCUGGUUUUGUGUGUGUAUUCUUAAUUUUUCCAUGUGAAACUCCACUGUUCAUUUGCUAGGUUUUUGUGCUUCAUUCUUCAUAAAUUUAUCCUACUGGCAGUGAGAAUGCAUUGCUGUUAUGCUGCCUUUCAUCUGAGGGUCUCAAAGCACUUUACAGAGAUGAGUGUCCCCAUUUUACAGAUGGUAAAUUGAAGCACAGAGUUUGAGCGAUUUGCCCAAUGCCACAUAUCAGGUUGGUGGCAGAGAUGAGAAUAAAACCCAGAUCUCAUGACUCCCUGUACCUUGCUCUAACCACUAGACUGCUUGUUGCAGAAUGGGCAGUAGUGCCUAUGCAUUCACUAGCAUAGAUAAACCCUGUCCUUAGUUCAAAAGGCUAGCGAUUUUGAACUGUUCCAUCUGAUCUUCCUGUUUUUAGCAGCUACUUGAAAUACUGACACCUUACUUGUACUGUUUUGACGCACGAUAGCUUACAAUGGAGUUCAGACUGUCUGGUGUCAGAAAUUCCACUAGGGUCUUAAGUGUUUAAGCGUCAUGCUUCAAGGCCUAAUAUUUGAAACUUCUCUAUUUCUGUAUGUAUUUCAAUACAUCAACGUUCUGGAGAACUAUUUACAUUUGUAGUAAUUUAUCUCAGAGUUCACACCUCACCUAUAGAUAAAUGAUUUAUUAUAUUCAGAAUGUAAUGCUUUUAGAAGUGGUUUUGGAUGUCAGAGUACAAUGUACAAAAUCUGGUGUAGCUCAGUACUGUACUUAAUAGUGCGUUCUUUGAAUUGUGAUUUGCUUUUAAAGAUUUGUUGCAUAGUAAAUAUGGAAAAUAGACAAGUAUAAACCUUAGUUUUUCGAUGGCGUAAAGUUUUUAAUGUGAUUUGCCUCACACACCAAUAAUCUGUAUUUGGCAGCUAAUGAUGUUACCGACCGUAAAUUCCAUUUAUCUGUUUUUUGAGAAUACAACGAUUUUAUUGUAUCAGCAUGUAUUUUAAACUUUUGGAGAAUUUCAUUGGACUGUGAUGAUGAUUAGCACAUUAAAAUUGAUCUUUUUUUCUUAAAUUAUAUUUGCUCUUGUAGCACUAGUUAUCAGCACUGAUGUUAGUGAUUUCACAUGCUGUUUUGUACAUCAGAUUUCAAGUUUAGAUAGUGUUUAAGUUUGUACAACUGGAUGUUUAUGUAAAAUGAUUGGGUCUGAAGAAAAUGGUGUAUGUAUACUUUUGACAUGUGACUCUUAGGGAAAAUAUUAGGUUCUACUUGAUGAUGUUAAGUAGUUAUGAAUAUAUCAAACUUAUUUUCUACAAAGCUAUACAUGCCUUUAUUUAUUACUUAUAUGACCACCAAAUCAACGUAUUAUGUAGUUAAAUAUUUGUAAACCAAUUUCACAAAUGAAUUAUGGUAUUGUGACAGCUUAAACAAAAUAAAUGUUUAUUGAAACUUUGCACUGAGA